GGAAAACUGAAGAACUUGCUACCAAUUUUGGGAAAGGAAUUGGUAGAGAAUUACACGAGCAGUUGGUUUCACAGGACAAACAAAACAAGCAUACUAGUUAUAUUUCAGAAAGUUCAAGCAAGCAACAGUCUUCAGACAAUUCAACUUAGUUGGAGCAGUAAAAUUGCCUCUGAAAAGGCAGACAGAAUGAGAGAGAGGACAGGAGGCAUGCUUCAGCCUUAAGAAAAAACAGCUUUUAUUUUAUCAGAGAACAUGAAAUAUGCAAACAGCAGAAGACCACAGCCUUAAGGAAGUGAGACAUCAAAUCAAAUAAGAGAAAGGAAAUAGAAGAACAGACAACAAGAAAAGGUUUAUAGCAUGUAGCUUAAUCAAUUUUAAAUGUUGCAUUAGUUCUCAAAGGAGUUCCCCCUUAUUUGCAUCCUGCUAGUGCUUAUAAAAAAUAUCCAUGGAGACUAAGAGCACUUCUGCAUAGAUCAUAUCUGGUAUUGGUAUAAAUUUCACCCUGCCCCCAAUAACUUUUUUUUUCUGUGAAUAUUAUCAAUUAGUCCAUUAAUUGAUUUGUGAUGGCAGUGAAUCACAACCAGCCCUCUACAUUGCACAGCAAUAUAACUUUGUAUUAAAUUCAGAAUUAAAAUAGUGUAUGCCCCAUAGUACAUGCUUGAUACUCAGCUGAGAAAAGUUAGAAUGAUUCCAUGGUGAAGAUGAGCCAGACCUUUCAGUAUACUGAAGAAUAAAAUGUGUGAAGGAAAAAAUGUUAUUAUAUAGAAGGGGUAUGAGUCUCUUGUUCUUGCCCCCUUUUUUCUCAUUGGAUAUUACAUGAGCACAAGUUUUGCAGAAACAUUUAUUUUGUUUAAAUUAAGAUUGGGUGAAUGAUAGCCAAACAGGAGCCUGACAGCCUGAAGCAUAAGUGUUGAAAAUAUUUGUUCAUAUGAAGAUUGGAAGGAUAGUCAAGCAAGAACAGGCAAGUUAACCUAGCAGAUAUUGAUAUGGGGAAGUACAUUCAGAUGAGCAUGAGGAACAUGUGCAUUGUAGUUAAAUAUACAAACGUUCACAAGAAGGCAGUUUCUUAAUUAUCAAUCUUAUAUUUUCUACCCGAGCUGUAUACAUUAAUAUAUGAAUAAGAACAUUCAUCUUAUUCUUUUUGUUGACAUCUCUGAGUGACUUUGAAACAAAACAUCAAUUUUUUAAUGUUUCUUCACCUAAGAUUUAUUUGCUUAAAUUCUGCUUUCUCUAAAAUACUUUAUAAAGGCAACAGAACAUGCUAAAGUAGGAGGCACUAUUUAGUUUCACAUGUGCCUAUGAAUUUUUGCUGUCACCCUGACUUUCAAGGAGGACUGCACUUUAUUUAAGCUUUAUGUUACUAAGCUGGAAAAAUGAAGAAUUCUCAGAGCAUAAGAUGGAAAUAAAUGUAUUUGUUUUACUAUGUGCACUAUGUACAGUACUUUGUUACUUUUCAUCUCCCAUUAACAUUUCCUUUGCAGCCCUCAUAUUUGUGAAGAAAAUCAACAGUUCUAAAGUCAAGUCUAAACUCAGUUACAUUAGUGGAUAGAAUGAAGACAGGGAUUAGAAGUGAAAUCUUGGCUGAGGAACUGAGACUUGUUGUAGGAAAGAUGGAGAGGAAAGGACAGCAGAGAUAAAGGAAGAUGUCAAGGAAAGACCAGAAGAGACAGGCAGGAAGGAAGGGCCAUGGUUUGACAUGUACCUACGGGCACGUGAAUCAGUUGUUUUGAACUACAAUCCUUUCAUGGUUUUCAAUGCUGACUCCAAAGUGGAUUAUAACAACCAACUCAUAAGGGCAACUAACAUGACUGUUUCUGCUUUGCGAUUCUUGAAGACUCUUAGGGCUAACAUUUUAGAACCAGAAGUUUUUCAUCUCAACCCAGCCAAAAGUGACACUCAGACUUUUAAAAAGUUUAUUCGUUUUGUGCCUUCUUCUCUGUCAUGGUAUGGUGCCUAUAUGGUGAAUGCCUACCCAUUAGACAUGUCACAGUACUUCAGGCUUUUCAAUUCCACUAGAUUGCCAAAGAUUAACAGGGAUGAAUUAUUUACAGAUGAAAGUGAGAGGCACUUAUUGGUGAUAAGAAAUGGAAACUUUUAUAUAUUUGAUGUUAUAGACAUAGAUGGGAAUAUAAUGAAGCCUUCAGAAAUCCAAGCACACCUAAAAUUCAUCCUUUCUGAAAACAGUCCAGUUCCAGCAUUCCCUCUUGCUUAUCUGACAAGUGAAAACCGGGACACAUGGGCAAGGCUGAGGCAGGAACUACUUGACAAUGGGAAUAAGGAAGCCUUAAGAAAAGUGGAUUCAGCAAUAUUCUGUCUGUGCCUUGAUGAUUUUCCAAUUAAAGACUUCAACCACUUGUCUCAUACCAUGCUGCAUGGUGAUGGCACCAAUAGGUGGUAUGACAAAUCAUUCAACCUGAUUUUAGCCAAAGAUGGCACUGCAGCAAUUAACUUUGAACACUCUUGGGGAGAUGGCGUAGCUGUACUUAGAUUCCAGAACGAAGUAUUUAAAGACAGCACCCAGUCACCUGCGAUUACACCUCAGUCUCAGCCUGCUGCUGUUGAUUCUGCCUCAUCUGUACAGAAACUUAACUUUAAACUGAAUGAUUCCUUAAAAGAAGGAAUUACCAAAGCUAAACAAAAGUUUGAUGCUACUGUGAAAACACUGACUGUGGAGGCCCAUCAGUUUGAAAGAGGAGGCAAAGACCUGUUAAAGAAGCAUAAAGUCAGUCCUGAUGCUGUUGCUCAGCUUGCCUUUCAGAUGGCUUUUCUGCAACAAUAUGGCCAAACUGUUGCCACCUAUGAAUCUUGCAGCACAGCCGCUUUCAAACAUGGUCGCACUGAAACUAUCCGUCCUGCCUCAAUUUAUACAAAGGCUUGUUCAGAAGCUAUUGUCAGAAAGUCGUCCAAGCACAGUGCAGCAGAGCUGCGACAGAUGAUUGCAGAGUGCUCUAAGUAUCACAACCAGCUCACAAAAGAAGCUGCUAUGGGUCAGGGUUUUGAUCGGCACUUGUAUGGCUUGCGGUGUCUGGCAGAAUCUACAGGAUCUCCUUUGCCAGACUUUUAUCAGGACCAAGCGUAUGCACAGAUUAAUUAUAAUAUUCUUUCCACAAGUACUCUGAGCAGCUCUGCUGUCUCCAUGGGUGGAUUUGGGCCCGUGGUGCCUGAUGGCUUUGGUGUAGCAUAUGGAGUGCAUGAUAGCUGGAUUGGGUGUAAUGUUUCUGGCUAUCUAGCAAGGAAUGUGCAAGAAUUUGUCCAGUGUGUGCACAAGUCACUGAAUGAUAUUUUUAAUGUUCUGGAAGGUGAACAGGUUAACUGAACCACAGCCGGAUACUAAAUCAUCUUCAACUAGAUUUUUUUUUUUAAUAUUCUGGGUGGAGUUUCAGGCUAGCACCUACUUUUUAAAACACCAAGAGUUAAAAUAAUGAGUUUAAUUCUUUGGAUUGGGUUUCGACAUAAUCAUGUUUAGAGUCUAAUAUGCUAAAUAAGUUCUGUCCUCAUACAGGCUAAUGUUACUGGUUGUGAAAUAAUUCUUUUUUUGUGCCAGUAUCUGCCAAAGACAUGUCAGUGUAGUGUAAGGCCUAAAGUAGAGUACAAUAACUGAUUCACUUGAAUUUACCUAUAUGUUGUCUCAAUAGUUGUUUCAGUGGCCCUACUCUGGUUGAGACUAACCAACAGGAUUCCAGCUGUAGUGUUUAGGCUACCUGAUGUCAUGUAUAGGGUUUUUUUCAUUCUUAAUAUACAGAUCAGUUUGAUAAUUUUUAUAUAUAUAUUUAUAAUCUGUAUGAACAGAGAUGCUCCCUAUAUUAAUGUAUAGAGUGUUCUGUCACUAUUCACGUGCCUAAUUCAGGUAUCUUUAAGCAAGCCCUUUCAUUAGACUAAAUCACAAGAAUAAAAUAUUUUUGAGCAAGAUUAAGUUACCAAGCUGAAACUCAUAACAAAAUAGCAGUUUUCAUAUUCUCUCUCCAAAGAAACACCUUGUAAUUGUGAAUUACAGGUGAAUCAAAGCAGCAUCUGAAAGAAUAGCUAAAAUUACCCUUCAACUGGCAAGACUUCUAGCUAAAGUAAACUUUAAUUAUAGAGAUAGGUAAGUAAAUCUGCUUUUAGCAUCCUGUAACAUGUCCAACAGGCUAAGCAAGAAAUUUCAUACAUGACUGGUUUGAGUCUGAUCCCACAGAUGUAAUUUAAUAAAUUUGCAUCAAACUUACUUUGGACUUCAGUUCCAACCACUGUAAUGUAGUUCUUCUCUAAAAUGUAUUUUAAACAUGGGAGCUGUUAAAACUAACAUCUCAAGGAGGACAAAAUAAGUUUGAACUGAAGAAUCUAAAUGCACUGUGAAUAAUAUCCACUUAGAACAGUGGCCUGAUUUUUCUUGAUAUAUUUAGCAGAAUGUCAAUCUAAAACAUUUCUGUGUUGGAAACCAUUUUGCCUCACUAAAGAUUCAAGUGAAAAUGUGAACUGCUAGCAAUCUUGGACUAAUAUAAAGAUUUUUGUGAUGAUAAAAUACAGCUGGAAAACAUA